UUGCAACGUUUGUCCUUUCUGUUUGUGCGUUUCCACAUAUUGUCCAUCGCUGCGUCUCCAAGUGAUAUGCACGUACAUAGGAAUGUUGUCAUUCAUGUUCUUAGUUUCACUUCUUACCAACCAGCUCUGGCAUCUGGGUAUGGCAUGGAUCCUCGUCAAUAUAUAUUGGCAGCAUUGGUCACUGCUCAGUCACGUCUGUACCGGGCACCAACAUAGGAGCCAUGGCGGCCGCUCAGCCUGUAGAUAUAGUAAGGGAACUGCGUGGUGUAAAUAGAUUAGUCGGCAUCUUUGUGGGCAACAGUUAUCUGUCAGUUGAAGAUGUCUAUAGGUGCCUGAAGAAUCAGCUAGAAGGUUUAAGUGAAGCAGGGAAGAAGACCGUUGGUUACAUUGAAAGAACAAUUCCGGACCAAUUCCUGCAGUUGGGAAUAACCUUCCCAGUCACGAGGCUGCAGCACGUCACUACUGAAAUUCCCACGAGGCAAAUUGUGCAGUUGGGAUAUUUCUGUGCCGGAGACCAAUCUAGAUUGCCAUGGAGCCACCCCAAUGCCAAAUUGUUAUACUGGAGCGUGGAGAUCCUCAAGGAUCAGAUAGAGGAGUUACGUCAGGAGGCUUUCCAAGCUCUUCAGGCAAUGGUCCCACCACACAAUGCCGAAGAAUUUGAAGGUGUCUUUAACCGCCAGUUUGCCAACUCUCCUGCAUUUAAUGCUGAUGCUUCUCGUUAUGGAAACUUCAAGUUCUCAUUGUCCCUAUCAGAUUUCAUGUCGGAGUAUAAGGAGCAGCACUGCCAGGGUGCCGAGCCGGAGUUCAGGGUGCUGGGCACUGCCAUGUACGAAGAGGAGAUUGCUCAUAUUGUAUUAGUGCACAGCCCUAUGACUACUGAAUUUAGUGACCUGCCCUCUGUGCCCAUUGUUGGGAGAAAUGCCAACCCCUUACCUUUUGUCUUCCGCUCCCAAGAAGAUGGAAAGUUGUAUUGGAGACCUGAGUCUACAGCCGACAUCUUAAAAAUGAGAAUCUCUGAAAAACAGUGCCGUAAGCGAGAUUGUCCCGUGAGUUGCCCUGAUUGUGAUCAUGGACAAUGUGCCCAAAAUAGAGGCACUUACUGCGUUUGGAACCAUCUGAUAUUUGUUUUCCACCUGCCUGAGAAUGAGCCCCUGAGGAUCCCUAGGGAGAAGCUGAGGGAAAGUCUCUCUGCCUGUGAGGCUCUAAGUCCAUAUCUGAGAAGAGCAGAAACAAGACUCACUCGACCAACAGCAGAAGAAAUAAUCAGAAGCCUGGAGAUAUGAGCUGCCAUCACACAUUCCUUAUAAACGAUGGGACUGAACCCCAGGGAUGGGAAGGAUUCAUCUUCUGGUGAGACCUCUGGCAAUACUCAUGGUGUGAGCUAUUAUUAAUUGCUACUAUUAUUAAUUGUAGUGGGGUACAUGGGAGGGUUGAUCAUUUUAUCUCAAGGUCCAAUCUGGAUGAAAAAUGUGGUUUUUGACGUAAUGUUAAUAUGAAGAUUUUUGGGAAACUUAUAGAAUGUCCAUUAAACCAAUUUUAAGCCCAA